AUGAAAAGAUUGCUGCUCAUUUUAUUUUCGGUUAGUGGCAGUUUAGUAUUGACAAUCUAUAUUUUCCAGUUACAACAUUUAAUAUUGUCCAACACGUUAAUGCAAAAUAAAUUUGAUUAUUAUUUAUGUACACAAGUAAUGGAUGAGGAACAAUUUCUUCCCGAAUGGCUAGAUUACAAUAUGAACAUUUUAGGUUUCAAAAAUAUUUGUAUUAUUAACGUUGGCAAAAACAUUUCAGUUAAUAUUACGUCGAAAUAUGAUGUAGCGUAUACAAGUCAUCACAAUAGUACAAAACAAGAUUUUAAUUUAUGUAAAAAAUGUUUUACCAGUAUUAAAAGUCAAGAUCUGUUAUUGAUUCAAGAUAUUGAUCAAUUUUUAAAUGUCCGUGAUUCAACCUAUCUUACGAAGAAUUACGAUCGAUAUGAUGGUUUCUAUUUCCACGAUAUGAGAUUUGGCUAUGUUAAAGAUAAGACAAAUGAGAUAUUUAAUAACAAACAAUCAAGGUUUCCUAUGUUGACCACAAAUACUUAUCGAGGUCUAAUCAAAACUUUAGAUGGAAGUAACGGUAAUCAAUCAGAUCAGUCAUUUAAUUGUUCAGUCCGAGGUGGCUGGAAUUCAUGGCCUCAUUUUCAUCAGACAACGAAAAACAAAAGCAAAAUAUUACAUGUUGAUAUGAAACAAAUGAGACUGAAUCACUACUAUGUGAGAUCAAAAGAAGAUGGAAUAUUAAAAGGAAAGAAGUGGAACAAACUUCAGUCAAUGUUGGGCAUAAUAGAAUCGAAUAAUUUUUUUAAAAUGACCUAUGAUGACACGAUACUCACAUCGAAAACGUUAAAAUGA